AUGGCAGAUUCUAACUAAUUUAAUAGUUCAAGAAAUGGUAAUUAAAACAUAAGUUUUCUAGAUUAAUCUGACUAAAAUAGUAGCACGAUAUUUAGAUCACAAAACUUGAACAAUAGAUCUCAGAAUACUACUUUCGCAAGGUUUAAUUAAUAAGAAAAUGGUAUUUAUGAUGACGAUGAUUUUAAUACGCAUUCUAUAUUCAAAAUUAACUAUAAUGUAAGAGACUAAUAAUAAAAGAGCUAAUCAAGCUCUAAAAAAGUAUUAGAUAAAGGUGAUAGGUAUAUUUAAUACAAAGCAGAAGAAGAAGAAGAGGAAGUUAUCCCAGAUUAUCCAGAUAAAUUAUUUGCUGAAAAAUAUGAUUACAAAAAAUAUUUUGAAAUAAUAAAAAAUGAUUCUAGAAUUAAAAAAACAAUCAGGAUUAAGCACUUUAAUAACAAAACAAUAUAAGGAAAAGAACCAAAGAGACUGCCGCUCCCAAACGAUUUGAAAUUAGAUCCUAAUGACUUAGCUUUUAAUCUUCCAAAGUCAAAUAAAUCAGUUCAUUUUGAUAUAAAUAAACACCCUGACAAGGAAAAAUAACAAUUAGUAGUGGAAGAACAAUUGUAUUAUUCUGAAUACUUACACUAAAAUAAGGCUUAGUAUGUAAACUAGGAUCAAUAUAUUAAUAAGAUGGCUAUAGAUGAAAAUAUUUUAUUUAAAAAGAAGAUAAAAAACACUAAAUAGUUAUUUUAAAAUCUCAUUUUCAUUACAAGUAUAGAAGAGAAGAUUCUUUAUGGGCAAACUCAAGAGAUUCAAAGCUUUUUAAAUUAGUUGUAGGAUUUUGAUUCAUCUGCUAUCUCUUUGUAGAAGAUUUAACAAGAAGAAUAUAAGAAGCAUUUUGAUAACUUUUUUAACAUCGUGAAUAAUUUUAUUAAUAAAAUUGAUAAUAAUAUUAUAUCUAAACGUGAUGAUGUCUUAAAUUAAAACUUAUUAGAGUAGGCUGUUCUAUAAAGUUGCUUUUUAAACAAAAAAAAUAUCUAGUUCUUAAUUGAAAAUUUUUUCUCAAAGAAUGACAACUAGUUUAACUGUUUAGGAGAUUUUAGAAAACUAAAUGAUGUUGAUAAUUUGCUGACUAAUUAAACAAAUUUAAGAAAAUAUAUGCUAACUAUAAAUAAAAUCCUUAAACAUUUUAAUAUGAAAAUGUCAGUCACUCAUGAUUAUGAAAACUGGCACUUUGACCUGAAUAAUAAAGGGAAAACAUACAUUAAAAUUCUGAUUGAAAAAAGUAUUGAUAACGAAGAAGAAAUUUAUAUUCUUUAUGACGACAAAUUAAAAAAAAGAUUAACAACUUUAUUACCUAAACAAGAAAUACCUUCUACAAAUGAAAUUAUAUCAAAUCAGAAUUAAACCUUUCAAAAUUAAGACAACUAGACUCUUCUUAAGGGCUAAUAAAGAAAUUUCAAAAAGCCGUAAUAGUAGCAAGAAUAAUCACUUUAAAUGCAAUAGAUAAAGGAAAAUUAAUCUUAUUUUAGUCAAGCUAGUUAAUUUGAGUAAUCUUCUCAUCUUAACAGACUUUAUAAUCCAAACAGCAUUGUUUAAACAAAUUGCUGUGAGAGAAAAAUCGAAGUGAGUCAACUUUUGCAUGUUGAUAGAUGCAAGCACUAUUUAUGUAAGGAGUGUCUAAUUGAUCCUAUGAAAACCUCAGCUGAUACUUGCUUAUCUAAAAAUUGCAUGACAAAAAUAACUAAUAAUGAAUUAUUGAGAGUAUUAGAUUCCUUAGAGUAAAUUAUAAAUAUAAAAUGCUCAAACUGCGAUUCUAGCGAGUUUUUAGGAUCUUUAAAUUAUAAUAUUACAUGCAAGCCUCCAUUCAGUUUUUAUAAUAACUAAAUUUGUAAGUAAUGUAAGGAAAAAAAAGAAAUGGAAACUAAUAAAAAUAAAUGUCCUGUAUGUAAAUCUUGCGAUUUAACUCCUGUAGAAAGAUCUAAAUAUUUACAAUGUAAAAAUUGUAAAUUUCUGAAGUGUAAAAAUUGUAAUUUGGUAAUCGACAGGCAAUAAAAAAGAUAGGAAUAUUGCAAAUGUCGCUGUCUUGCAUGCUUAGAAAUUAAAAAAAAUGAAUCAUAGGAUAAAUAAGAAAGUAAUUACUUGUUUUGCUAAGAUUGUGAUGAAACUUGUUGCAUAUGUAGAGUAUAAAGGCGUAAAUAAAAUGCUUAUCGUUGCAGAUAAUGCAAAUUCUUUGCUUGCAUACCUUGCAUUCUAAAAAUUACUUGCAUCAAAAACUCUAAUUCCAAGCAAAUAGAAAAGUGUACUCAUUUCAUGAAGCAUUAUUAACUUAUGGAAAAAAAUUAACUCCCAAAAAUUGAAAUCCCUGAUUUAGAAAAUUUAGAAAAGCAUAAAAAUUGA